GCCUACCCACCCUAUCAAUUCUCAACUCUUCCUCCUCGGAUCCAACUCCAAGAGAACCACUCUCUCCUCCGCUCCUCGUCUCCCAAUCGAGAGCUCACGAGGAGGAAGAGAGAAGAGAGAAGAAGGAGAUGGCGUCGGAGGGGUCCUCCAAGGUGUUCACCCUCGAGGAGGUCGCCAAGCACAGCUCCAAGGACGACUGCUGGCUCAUCAUCUCCGGAAAGGUGUACAAUGUGACCAAGUUUCUCGAUGAUCACCCUGGAGGUGAUGAUGUCCUGCUGUCUUCAACUGCCAAGGAUGCAACUGACGACUUCGAGGAUGUGGGGCACAGCACAACUGCUCGGGCAAUGAUGGAUGAGUACUAUGUGGGUGAGAUCGACGCAACCACAAUACCCACCAAGGUGAAGUACACUCCGGCCAAGCAACCACACUACAACCAGGACAAGACCCCGGAGUUCGUCAUCAAGAUCCUCCAGUUUUUGGUCCCAUUGGCGAUACUGGGUCUGGCUGUCGCUGUACGGAUCUACACCAAGUCGGAGUCUGCUUAGUAUUGUUGUCAGUCUUUCAAAAGAAUCAAGAACUGAAUAAGUUUAGUGGGAUUGCAUAUUUUGUACCAGCAUGGCCUGUUCAUGAAUUGGGAACUAUUCUCGACUGUCGUUGUGUUAUGGUUCUAAGAUGUCUACUGGUAAACUGUGACUCAAAAACGAAUAGAUAUCUGGUUAUAUUUUCCAUAUCGCCGUUGAAUGUUCCAAUAUACAUAUUAUUGUUGAAUUGAUGUCAUUUGUUGUGUA